CCAAAAUGAGUACCAAAAUUUGAAAUGCCAAAGGUAAAAUCAUAACAUAUCUCAAACACAUAAUGUAAAAUCAUAAAAACUUAAGAUAAUAAUAGAAAAAUUAUGUCAAAUCCCAUCCACCUAAAAUAAUUUUACUUUCUAAUAAAAUGGCUUGUUUUUCUUUGUCCCGAUCAUAAAUACAACGGGUCACCUAAAGCAACAAAUUAGGAAGAAAAAGAUUUCCAACACACUAAUUUAUUUUUUUAUUUUUUUUCGACAGAUCCAACAAACUAAUUGAAAAGGCCAAUUUGGCAAUUUCCACCAAAAAAAAAAAAUUGAAAAGCCAAAAAAAAAACGAAAAGAAAAAUCAAAGUCUUUGCAAUUUGUAAAUCAAAUCCGUCAACCUUUCCCAAUGACCCAACUGACAAGUAAAAAUCCAAAACAUUUUUCUUCCUUUGAUUUAUUUUCUCUUAAAAUAAAAUAAUUUUCUCUCUCUCAAAAUUCUCUCUCUAAAAUCUGAAAAUGUCCUUUUCGCACUUCAAAUAAAUCAAAACUUGACCUACUAAGCCUUUCCUCUGUGACUGAUUGACUGUCACAAUAUCUGCAUGUAUACGUCGUCGUCGUCUUAUUUUCUCUCUCCUCCUUUUUUCCCUUUUUAUUUUUACUAAUUUAAUUUACCCAUCAAAACAACGUUAAAAUCCGAUCGAUUUCUUUCUUUUCUAAUUUAAUUUUUUUUCCUUUCUGUCAGUAUUUUUAUUUACAUUUUAAUAUUAUAUAUACUCCCCUAUAAUCCUUCCUUAUGUGCUUCACUUUUGCCUUAUAAAAGGACACCAAAAAUAUUAGUCAUGAAAUCUUUGCUCUUUUGCCCCCCCCCCUCUCCCCCUCAUAUCAUAACCUACCCCCGCAACAUUAUUAUUACUUUGGCAGAACUUGAUUUAAUUUCAUAAAACCGCUCCCUAAAAAAACUAAACCACCCACAUCUCUCUAAUCUCAUUUUUAAAAUGGCGGUUGAGACUGAAAUUUUCUCAGAAAAUCUGGGUUUUUCUCAAGAUUAUAUGAUUCCAACAUUUCCCAAUCUCUCUAAUCCUCUUCAAAAUCACCAACCGCUACCCCAAACACAACCACAGCGAUACCGUUUCGAGCCCGGAAUGGAAAUGGGAAUGGGAAUGGGAAUGGGGUAUAACAACGUUGGUAAUAAUCAAGGAAUUGGUUCUUCUUCUACUGCAGCAACAACUGCUGUUACUGAGAAUUCUUUGCCUUUUUCUGCGUUGCUUGAUCAACAUAAGCGUGAAGUUGAUCUUUAUCUCCAUGUCCAGGGAGAAAAACUGAAGCAAGCAAUACACCAACAAAAAAGGCAGCAAAUGCAGUAUCUUGUAAACAGCUUUGAGUCAAGAACAAUGGCAAUAAUGAAAGAAAAAGAUGAAAAUCUUGAAAAAUUAAGGGGAAAAGCAAAGAUACUAGAAGAUUUCUUGAAGAAAUCAGAACAAGAAACAGAGAUGUGGCAGAGUAUUGCAAGGGAGAAAGAAGAAAUGGUGAUUGAACUCAACAACAUGCUCUUUGUAAUCCAGCAAAACCUGGUCUUUUCGACACCGCCUCGAAACGACAUUGCUAAUGGUAAUCAUGGUGGUGAAGAUGAUGUAGAGAGUGUCAACGAAUGUGAAGCCAUUGACAAGAAUGAUAGAGGUAAUCUUCAAGAAAAUCAUCAAGAAGUAAAUAACAAGAUGGUUUGCAAAUGGUGUAAUAGUGGAAAAUUGUGUGUUGUUUUUCUGCCAUGUAAACAUCUUUGUUGCUGCAGAAACUGUGAGUCUGUUCUUGGGUUGUGUCCUGUUUGUUACUCUGCUAAACAGGAUAGUAUGGAAGUAUUCUUCUAAAACAAUCCCAAAAAAAAAAAAAUUAAAUAAGUAAAAUUAGUUUUUUUUUUUUUUUUAGAAUUAAAAUUAGGAGUAGUUUAAUUUAGUAGUGGUUGUAUUUUGUUUGUACAAAAAAGGACAGCCCCAAAUUUUGUUUGUCUUUGUUCUUUUUAGGGGCCAUUUUAGUUUAGGUGGAUGUGGAUAUGAAAUGAUGGUGAUGACUGAUGUAAACUUUUGUGAAACUGUUGCAUUGACGGAGGAAAAGUUUUUUCUUAGUACUUGUAUUGGAA